AUGUAUAGAAUUACACAACAUUUGCUGUACUCCGUACAAUUGUUAUUUUUAUUCCUUGUAACAACUUCAUCUAUAAUUCAAUCUCCACCAAGAAUUGUAAAAGAAUCUAUUACAGAUGAAGUACUAUUUCAAGUAGCCACUGUUCAAAAUCAAAAUGUUAGACCUUUUGUAAUUGAUUGUGAAGCAGAAGGAGAACCUGCUCCAAAGUAUCGAUGGAUGAAAAAUGGUAAGAAUUUUGAUUGGCAGGCAUAUGAUGACAGGAUAGCUCAACAACCGGGUCGUGGUUCAUUAACUAUUACCGAACCUAGAGAUGAAGAUCUUGGACAGUAUCAAUGUUUUGCAGAAAAUGCUUGGGGUACAGCUACUUCUAAAUCUGUGAUGGUUGUGAAGGCUGAAUUAAAUUCAUUUAAAGAUGAACCAAAAGUCUAUGUUGAAGCUCAAGAAGGUGAUCCAUUUAGACUUGUUUGUCAUCCUCCAACUGGAUGGCCAAAGCCAAAUGUAUAUUGGCUUAUAAGGAAUAAAGAUGGUGGCUUAACAACAGUUAAUAACACUAGAAUGACAUUAGAUCCAGAAGGUAAUCUCUGGUUCUCAAAUGUAACCAGACAUGAUACUAGUGAUGGCUCUACAUAUUUUUGUUAUGCUGAAUCAUUGACAAUGAGCGAGUAUAAAUUAGGUAACCCUGUAAAUUUGAAUGUUAUUCAAACCGCAGAAACAGCUUUACAAAAUAAAUACCCACCCACUCAACAAUAUGUAACUAGAAGAAAUGAGGUGGCGUUAUUGGAUAAAAAAGUUGAAUUGUUUUGUAUUUAUGGUGGAACUCCUUUACCAGAAACCGUUUGGCUCAAAGAUGGUUUGCCUAUACAAUCCAAUGAAAGGGUAAGCCAAGGAAAUUAUGGCAAAAGUUUGAUAAUUAAGAAAGUUAAAUUUGAAGAUAAAGGAAAAUACACAUGUGAAGUUAGCAAUGGUGUGGGAUCACCUCAAUCAUAUAACAUUGAGCUGGAUGUUAUGGCUGUGCCGUUUUUCACUGUGGUUCCGCAAAUCGUAGAAGGAGCUGAAGGAGAAACUGCAGUUAUUAAAUGUGAAGCAAGUGGUAAUCCAGAACCUACAAUUAAAUGGAUUCAUAAUGGUCGACCAUUAAGUGAAGCACCUUUAAAUCCCAGACGUUCGGUUACUUCUAAUACUAUUACAAUUACUUCAUUGAUUAAAAAUGAUACUGGAAAUUACGGUUGUAAUGCUACCAACAGUAUUGGAUAUGUUUACAAAGAUGUUUAUAUUAAUGUAUUGGCUUUGGCUCCUGAAAUUACUGAACCACCUAAUAAAGUAGAAACUGUUGAUGGCCGUGCUAUUACUAUUGGAUGUAAAAAUUUUGGAGUGCCAAAACCACAUGUUAAGUGGACAAGAAAUAAUAUAGAAUUAACCGGUGGACGUUAUUCAACACUGGAUACUGGUGAUUUACAAAUAAGUGAAGUUGGUUUUACUGAUGCUGGAAACUAUACUUGCAUUGCUACUAAUAACUAUGGAUCAGCAAAUGCAUCUGGGACACUUACUAUUAAAGAACAUACGCGAAUCACUGCUGCACCAGAAGACUAUGAAGUAGUUGCUGGAUCAGUGGCCACAUUUCAUUGUACUGCAACUUCCGAUCAAUCUUUGCAUCUUAACAUGGAAUGGUUAGCUAGGGAUGAACCUAUAAAUUUUGAUACUGAACCUCGUUUUGUCAAAACUAAUGAUUAUUCUAUGACCAUUACUAAGACUAUUGAAUUGGAUUCUGGAAUGUAUACUUGUUUAGCUAGAACUGAGUUGGAUCAAGCAACAGCUAGUGCCAUGCUUAUUGUUCAAGAUAAACCCAAUCCACCACAAUUAUUGGGAAUCACUUGUAAUAAAAGAGAUGCUGCAGUAAAAUGGCAACCUAAAGGAGACAAUCGUGCACCUAUUCUGCGUUACACUAUUGAGUACAAUACGAGUUUUGCUCCUGAUACUUGGUCAGUUGCAUCAGAUGACGUACCUGCAUCUGGUCAAACAUAUAUUGUACCAAUGACACCUUGGGCAAAUUUUACAUUUCGAGUUAUUGCAAUGAACAAAAUUGGUAGAUCGAAUCCAUCUUUACACUCAAGUGUUUGUACCACACAGCCUGAUGUACCUUAUAAAAAUCCAGAUAAUGUUGAAGCUGCAGGCACUACAGCGUCUAACCUUGUAAUUAGCUGGACACCAAUGCCAAAAAUUGAACAUAAUGCUCCGGGCUUAAGAUACAGAGUUUAUUGGAAACAAGAUAUACCUGGCCAAGUGUGGAAUUCAGAAGAGAUAACAGACUAUACUGUAAAAGAAUUAGUGAUAGAGAAUCAACCAACCUACCAACGUUAUAAAGUAAAAGUAGUUGCUUCAAAUGAAAAGGGUGAAUCUAAUGUUCAACAAAAAGAAGUCAUUGGAUAUUCAGGCGAAGACGUUCCUGUCGAGACUCCUCAAAAUCUAACUGUUUUGAAUGUUACUGGAAGUAGAAGUGCAAUAUUAAGUUGGGAUCCUGUUUCACCAGAGUCUAUCAAAGGAAACUUUAAAGGCUACAAGAUUCAAUUUUGGACUGAAAGAGAUGGAGAAAACAAUAUGAUUGAAGAACAAGUUAGUUCAGAUACGACAACAGCGGAAAUCAAGAAAUUUUUGCACAACGCUAAAACAUUUUUUCCUGGGCCUGUUCAUGGAGUUGAUGCUGAACAAUGGGGCUCUUCCGCAAUUUUGUUAAGUUGGCAACCACCAGAAGAAGCUAAUGGAGUAUUAACUGGCUAUGAGAUUUCUUAUGAAGCUAUGACUCAAGAAGGUGUCGGAGAAAAGUCACAACGUCCUUCUAUUACUGAUCCUAAACAAACUACUGCUAAAUUGGCUUCACUCAAACCAUCAACUAAUUAUCGAAUCUACAUUAAAGCAACUACAAAGGCUGGUGUUGGUGAACCAUUUUUCAUUGAGCAACAAACCAAAUCUCCUUUACCUGAAGGAACUGAAUUGGAUAAGCCAGAGUUCAGUUAUGUCCACAAAGCUUCUAAUAAUGUUUUUGAUACAGUUCGUAUUUUAUGGACACCUAAACUUGAUGGAAACCCAGGAUCUCACUUCUUUGUGAAAUACAAGCUUAAAGGUGCCAACUUGUACGAAGAAACUAAACCUGAACUUGAUAUGAAUUUUAUUGAUGUAAAAGGUUUGAAACCCGGGGAAUUGUAUGAAUUUGUUGUAGUUGCUGUAGAUGGUAAUACCAUGAAGGAAUCGGAUAUUGCUGAAAUUGAAGCGUCGAGCACUGAUCCAAUAAUUAGAAGAAGCGAAAAUAUGGCUACAUCAGGAUGGUUUAUUGCAAUGCUGUUAGCUUUGUUAUUCCUCAUUAUCCUGUUAAUUAUUGUAUGUAUAGUAAAACGUAAUAGAGGAGGAAAAUAUGUAGUACAUGAAUCAGAAGCAGCCCGUGGUCGACAUGAUUAUCCUGAUGAACCUCAUUUUCAUGAAUAUUCGCAACCACUUGGUGGUGCAAAACGAUUAGGAAGUGAAAAACAGUCUCCAGAAAGUGAUACAGAUUCAAUGGCAGAGUAUGGAGAAGGAGACACAGCUCAGUUUACCGAGGACGGAUCUUUUAUUGGUCAAUAUGGCACAGCUAGAAAAAAUCGGCAACAGCAAUCUCAACCUCAACCACAACCACAAUCUCCACUUCAAGCUGUCACUGGUUCGUCCUCUGCUGCCACUUAUGUAUAA